UAUGGAUCGAUCAUAUACUGUGUUGAUGCUUUUAUUUGCUGUUUUUGUGUAUUACUUCAUGAAUACAAAACACAAAACGAGUGAAGAAGCAAACAUCGUCUUUAACAGCACAUACGACUAUAUAAUAGUUGGAGCUGGAUCAGCCGGCUGUGUUCUUGCUAACAGACUUUCUGAAGAUUUAGGGUCUUCCGUAUUAAUAGUAGAAGCCGGAGGAUCAGAAAACGAGAACGAAAUUAUGCAUAUUCCUAUGGCAAGUGGAGGUUUGCAGAAUACGAAACAAGACUGGGCCUUCAGAACAGUCCCUCAAAAGAACGCAUGUCUUGGUUUAAAAGACAAGAGAAGUGCUCAAGCGAGAGGGCGUGUUCUUGGUGGAAGUGGUUCCAUUAACUAUAUGCUGUAUAUGAGAGGCAGUCGCCAUGACUUUGAUGGAUGGGAAAAGGAAGGUGCCGAAGGAUGGAGCUACAAGGACAUUCUACCAUAUUACAUUAAAUCAGAGGAUAUUCAAAUACCAACACUAAAAGAUUCACCUUACCAUGGAAAAGGAGGUCCAUUGACAGUUAGUGAUGGAACAGCCACUUCACUGAGCGAAGUGUAUAAACGGGGAUUGAAGGAGCUAGGGUACUCUGUAGUAGACUGCAAUGGGAAAAGCCAAAUAGGCGUCUGUCAAGCACAAGAAAACAUCAGGAACAGGGAAAGAUGGAGUACUGCUAAAGCUUUUCUCAGACCUGCCAUGGACCGACCAAAUCUUCAUGUGGCAGUGAACUCCUAUGUUACCAAGAUUUUAAUAGAAAAGAAGAAGGCAGUGGGUAUAUCACUUAUGAGAGACAACUUAAAACAUGUAAUAAAGGCAAGGAAAGAAGUUAUUAUUUCUGCUGGUGCCUUCAAUAGUCCACAGAUUCUAAUGUUGUCAGGCAUCGGACCAAAGAACCACCUACAAACAUUAGGGAUAUCAUUGAUUGCCGAUUUACCAGUUGGAGAAAAUUUAGAGGAUCAUUUAAUGGUACCGUUGCUUUUCAGGGAUAACACGUCCUCGGCAUUUCAACAGUCAAUGUUCUCAGUUUUCCAAUACUUAGCAUUCAAAUCAGGUCCUAUGUCUAAGUCACAUGCGGAGACUCACGCAUUUCUGAAAGAGGAUGGUUCCUUGCUUCCAUACAUGCACAUGGCGUUCUACAGUCUGCUUUCAAUGCCUUCUAUUGCCUAUGACUUUACAAAAAUUAUGAACUGGGAUCCAAAGAUCACCGAGGGUGUAUAUAAAGCGUACACGGACUUCAUCAGCAAUGGAGGAAGCUUCUUCACCGAAAAUAUACUUCUUCAUCCCAAGAGUAGAGGAACCAUCCGCCUCCAGAGUACCGAUCCCUUUGAUCCACCCCUUAUAGAUCCGAAUUACUUGGAUCAUCCAGAUGAUAUGAAGACAUUGCUGAAAGGAGUGGAACAGUUUAUGAAGCUAGCUAACACAGAAGCAUUCAGAUCAAUUGGUGCCUCACCAUCAGACCCCUAUGAGGAGUAUUAUCCUCCAUGUAACGAGCUACAAUACCCUUCAGAGGAGUAUUGGGUCUGUAGAAUCAAGCACUACGCCUCUGGCGUAUGGCAUCCAACGUCUACUUGUAGAAUGGGGGCAUUAGAUGAUCACACAGCUGUUGUUGAUCCACAACUAAGGGUUAAAGGUAUACAGAAUCUUCGUGUGGUCGAUGCAUCUGUCAUGCGUCAUGUUACCUCUGGAAACACAAAUGCUCCAACAAUAAUGAUAGCAGAAAAAGCGGCCGAUAUGAUUCGAGGAAUAGAUAGUGUUAAAAAUAUUCGUAAAAAAAUUAAUCAUUUAUAAAUUUUUAUGAAAGAUGAGGCGCGCAUUAAAAAAAUCUAUGCAUGUGUUUACACAGUUGCA